AUGUCAACAGACAGCAAGCGUGUGAUGGAAACAGGUAGCUUCGGCAGUUCGGCGAGCUGCGGGCCCGUGCGCGUUGAGGCGCUGGCGAUGCGCGGCGGCGAGCGGCGCGGUGGCGGACGCAGCGGCGGGCGCGGCGGUCGGCGCGGCGCGCGAGUUGCGCACGGCGGGACUGCGACGUUGCCUGGUCCGCGUUGUGGUGCUCAGUGUACUGAUGUAGGUUCAUGUUCAGCUAUUUCGGUGAAAUGCUAUGUGUGCGGUAACUACGGCCAUUACGCUAGGAUGUGCAAAUGUAAAAAUAGUGUUAAAAAAAUGUAUGAAAUAGAAGUGAAUACAGAAAAAAUCUGA